AUGGGGAGCCGCCCCACCCCUAGGCUCCAUAGAAACACAUCUGCAGGAUACCGAUUGCCCGCGACUAAGAUGCCAGCCUCAGUCUCCCCGGCUGCUGCACACGGCCCUGUGAAGCUCAGGAGUCAUAUUGGCGGCCCCCAGGAGCCCCAGGUUGCGAAGGUCGAGCGGGGGACCGCGGGAGCGCAUGGCGUGCAGCAGGACCAGCUGUGGAUAGAGCUCCUGGAGGCCGAGCGGAGGAGCCAGCAGCGCUGGGCUCAGAAUUGGAGUUUCCUGAAAGACUAUGAUCUGAUGGGCAAUAAGAAGGAGCACCCGACGUUGCCAGAGUAUGUGCCUCUCUUCUCAGACACAGUUCCUAACUCCACAAACCAGGUUGUGGGCAGCAGGAUGGACACACCUCUGGGGAAAAUGCUCAUAAACAUGGACUUCUUCUUCGUGGAAGGAGUUCGGAAGAAGAAGCUUGAAGAAGAGCUACAGCCCAUCUAG